CAACAUUGUAAAACAAAUGACAAGUGACUUUUAAAAUUGACUUGUGGUUUCGUCACUUCUGUGGUUUCGUGGUUUGGCAUCUGACGGGUCUCUGGUUUGACGUUUGACCUUUUGCCCUGCCUUUUGACAGUUAAUAAUUUUUGUAGAAUGGAAUUUAUGGCCUUUAUGGGAUAAUUAAUAAAAAUUAAAUAUUUAUUAAAUGUAACAUAAAAUAAACUGCAAACAUUGCAUACAUAAUUAUGGAAUAUACCUGCAAAGAGUGCAAUAAAACAUUUUCGCUGGAAAGAAACUUGAGAAAACAUAUGAUAAAUAUUCAUAAUAUAUCUCCAGACAUCUUGUCAUAUGAUGAAAGUAUUACAAUUUACAAAUGUCUUGAAUGUAGCAAUUUAUUUAAACUACACGAAGAUCUAAUUUAUCAUUUGGAGACUGUCCACGACAUAUUGACCCAAACAGAAGAGCUAACAUUUGAAAACGAAUCAGAUUUCGUCAACUGGAAAAGCAAAAUUGAACAAGAAGAUUAUUGUAAGUAUAUUAUUUUUUCAAGAAAAUCUAAAACUAAUGAAGGUCCUGGAAUUUCCAAAUAUAUAUGUAACAAGAGAGGGAAUACUCAUAGAGAUCCAACAAAGAAAAAAUAUGCAUUUGGUAAAAAUAACUGUGUAACUUGUAUCAGUAACAUAAAAACUACAUUAAACACUAACGGUAACUUGUAUGUAGCAAGAGUCAAGACACACUAUGGGCAUGAGACUAGAAAUAAACCUAGAGAAAAACAAACUUCAUCAACAGUGACUAAAAAUGAAACUGAAAUUUCCUUUAGUGAACCAGAAAACAUGGAUGAAGGUGAUAUUGAAUGUCAAAAAAAUACUACAGAUCAAAAUCUCAAAAACAACAUUAAAUCAAGUCUAGACAUUAUUUUGAUAAAUCUAGACAAUUUGAAUAAUCAAAAACUUGAUAAAUUGAGUUUUAGCUUAGAUUCUAUAUGCCAUGAUUUGGGUUUAUCAACAAAAGAUGAAAAUGAUUUUUUUGGUCAAAUUAUAAUAUCCAGCAAUUCUAACUUUGAUCAUAAUUAUUUUUAAGCUUUAAAUCAG